UUGCCUCUUCUAGAAACCCUGCUGCAACAUUACACCAAAUAAACCCCCGCCAAUAUGACCUAGAAGGCGCUAAAAAGAAAUUUUCCAUUCAUGUCGGUGGGAAAUGAAAUUCACAGAUCUAAAAAGAUUCUUUCAUUGAUAUAUAGCAGGGCACCAUUCGUUUUCAAUUACACCCACCACAUUAAUUGAAAGUCAUUCAAUGGGGGAUUCAAUGCGCAACGAGCACAGGCGUGGAGGAGGCGGUGGUAGUCAGGCUACGCCAUAUUUUCAUUCAUCCGACUUAGAUGGUGUUGGGCUUUCGUUGUUUUUUAAUCUUAUUCGUCUCAUUUUUGUGUCAGCUAUAGGACGAGGGCGUUCCUCGCGGAACCAGAGCCAUGGUGACCGCUCUAGGAGGGCAUGGAGCGACAGGGAGGAGAUGCACUUCAUAGCUUCCCUGAAGGAUUUGGUUGCGACUGGAUGGUAGUCCGACAAUGGCUUCAGAUCGGGAUAUCUUUUCAAGUUGGAAGAAUCGAUGCGCCGCUGGUUCCUGACCACUGAUUUGAGGGUCAGCCUGCAUAUUUCAUCAAAGCUUCACACUUGGAAAAAGUUUUACUCUGUUUUGUCCUCAAUACUGCAAAAUGAGUGGUGUUGGGUUCAACAACCACGACGACUAAAAGAUCGACUGUGACGAGCAUCAAUGGAUUGAAAUAAUCAAGGCUGACAAUGCUGCUCGUUUUCUUCAUUACAAGUCGUGGCAAUAUUACAAUGACUGGAAGAUUUUCUUCAGCAAGGAUCGGGCUACAGGCAACAACUCACAGGAUACUGAUCGGGCAAAUCAAAUGUACGCCUCAGGAUCACGUGAGGCGUACAGUGGAGGAGCGAAUGCCAACCAGCCAGGAUCGGAUGAUCUGCUCGAUGGAGAUGGAUUGAAUGAUCAGGGAACAUCUAACGACCGGACCGAUAGUGUCUAUAGCAACGCCGUGGACAGCGAACGCACUGGUGAAAAUAAACGUAAACGGGGUGAUGCACUUGAUGGUCUUAUCGAUGUGAUUGGCAAACUGCACGAAGACACCAAUGCAAGACUGGACCGACUAUCAACUCUCAUUGGAUAUGAGUUUGAUGUGACUAAGGCAAGGAAGGAGGUGUUUCAUAUGAUGGGUCUUAUUCCAGGGCUCACCCUAUCCCAAGUGUUCAUCGCUUCGGACGCUAUACUUGCUAGGGUUGAACGCCUCGACUACUUCAUGAGUCUGCUGGAGGGUGCACGCCAACCGUAUGUCUGGCAUGCUCUUGAGCAUUACACGGGUAACUAGUAUGGGAUGGGUCGUGAUUUGUGUGGGUCGUUAGGAUGGGAUGUACUAGUCUUUUGUCGAACUACAUAGGCCUCAAGCAAUGGACACAUUAUAUAGUGUCUUCCUAUUUUAUAAUGUGAAUAUCGUAUGCAAUCUAGGCCGCAACUAAUGACUUAUGCUUUGCUUAA